GGCUGCUCCUGAUACCAUGCAGUCAUUCACGGAAUGGCCCAAUGAGAAGCAGAAUCAGAGGCACAUUGCAGCUGAGGCGAUCGGCACUCUGCUCUUUACCUUCAUCGCAGGAGCAUCUGCUGUCAACUCAGAGUCCUCGGGUCUCUUGACUGGAGCGCUCGGAUCUGGGUUCGCUCUUGCUGUCAUCAUCUACGCUACUUCCGGUGAAAAUGGCUCUGGUGGAAAGAUCAACCCAGCUGUCACUGCAGGCCUGCUGAUCACAGGACGAAUCGACAAGAUGACUGCAGCAUGGGAGAUGAUCGCUCAGUUUGUUGGAGGAUUUGCGGGAGGCAUCCUGCUGAAGCUCGCGCUUCCGCACACGGACCUCACUGUGCCUCUUCUUGCUAUGGGUGGACCUGCUACUUCACACCCGCUUUCUACAUUCAUUUGGGAGUUCAUGGCGACUGGCUUCCUCGUCUUUAUCAUCUUUGCUACUGUUGUAGACAAGCAGACUCGUCAUCCUAACUUGACUGUGACCCUCCCUGCUCCUUUCGCUCCUCUUGCCAUCGGACUUGCUGUGGUGGUUGAUUCCUUUGCUGCCGGCCCCUUCACUGGGGGUGCCAUGAACCCGGCAAGAGCUCUCGGCCCCGCCAUUGCGUUUUGGAACUUCAAGAACAUCUGGGUGUACCUGACUGCAACUUUCUUCGGAGGAAUCGCAGGAGCUGUUGUCUACGAGAAAGCUUUUCUUGAGCAUCAACCACCCGAGGCGUUCGAAGUCAGCGAAGCUUCAGUCUGAACGGAACC